GACGUGUUGACGUGUUGUGUUUCAGCUCCUCUAUCGGAAAGAUGUCUUGUGCCCAAAGCGCUGGAGAUGCUACAAGAAUCAAGGUUGCCGUCCGGCUUCGCCCAGUCAACAAAGAAGACAAAGAUAAGAAGCUCUGCGUCAAUGGCUUGGACGAGUCCUCUCUGGAAAUCUGGAACUGGAGGAACUCUACUCAGACUAUCAAGUAUAGUUUUGACGCUUUUUUCGACGCUGCCUCGAAACAAGAAGAUGUCUACAAAAAAUGUGUCGAGCCAUUGAUGGACAAAAUACUGAACGGACAGAAUGUGAGCAUUUUUGCUUACGGGCCGACUGGUGCAGGUAAGACCCAUACUAUGUUGGGCACAGCAGAGAAUCCUGGCAUCAUCCCACGUGCAGUCAACGGUAUUCAAAGAGCAACUGGAAAACAGAGAAACGACCCAAGAAAUUCACAGUGGACUUAUACUUUCAGCUUCUCAUACCUUGAAAUUUACCAGGAAAAGGUGUAUGACCUUCUGGAGGUCAAAAGUCAGGAUCUACCCAUCCGUGAAGAUCGUGAUCGGACCAUCUUUAUUCCCAACCUUGCCGAGCGGGAAAUCAAGUCCCUUCAAGAGUUUCACACACUGUUUGUACCGGCUAGCAAAAACAGAACCACGGCUGCCACCAAACUCAACAGCAGAUCAAGCAGAAGUCACUCCAUCCUAUUACUCAAAGUUGUGAAGAAACAGCAUCUGCCUCCAUACAGGAAGCAGAUUGGGAAAGCGUACUUGAUUGAUUUAGCUGGUAGUGAGAACAACAAGAGAACUGGUAACCAAGGUAUCAGGUUAAAAGAGAGUGGUGCCAUCAACACAUCACUCUUUGUACUGGGUAAAGUUGUGGAUGCACUCAACCAAGGCUUGGGUCGAAUUCCAUACAGAGACAGCAAGCUGACCCGCCUCUUGCAGGACUCCCUUGGGGGCAGUGCACAUGCCUGUAUGGUCACAAACAUCGCACCCGAAGAGACCAACUAUAUGGAGACCUACACUGCCCUCAACUUUGCCUCCAAAUCCAGACAGAUUGUUAACAGACCCUUCACAAGAGAGACAAUGGAGAAACCAGUUGUACGUGUACCGGUGAAAAGAGCACACAGCACUGAUGGACAACGGCCUUCUUCAUGCUCCCCAUCAAAGAAAGCUAAGAGAGGGUCAAACGGAGACAAAGUAGGAUCUACAGCCGUCAAACCACAGGAGAAAGCACCGUUUCUCAGCCCAUUGCUGAAACGACAACACAACUUUGAGGAGAGCAUGCGACAACGCCUUCAGUUACUAGAGACCAACAUCCUGACUCAUCUCAACCCAUCAUCAUCAACCAAUCAGGACCACUCAAACCAGUCGCAUGAUCAACAAAAUCGCAAGAUACUGGCGCAAUUGAAGGAGAGUAGCAAACAGCUAUCCGAGUUACAAAGAGACCACACCAAGCUUCAUCACACGGUGGUCAACAGUGCCAAAGUUGGGCACGUGCAGCCGAGAAAACGCAACUUAUUGAACACCGUCGAGUCCAACAAGACCGGUCAUUGCUCUAAGCCGAAGGCCAUCAUCCAACCAAUGACAGUGUCGUCGCAGGAAAAUAUACCUUCCCCUGUCAUCACCAAACCUACUAAACCUACACUGAAGAAAGAGCACACUCGUCAAGAUGUGCAGUUCCUGAAGAUCAAGGCAUGUAGAGACAGUAAUGAAGGGAGUCAGAAGGAGAAUUUACAUCAUCUUCAACCAAACCCAGAACUAAGAGCUAAACAUGCUGCCGAGAUAAUCCAUCUACUCAAUACCGGGACAGUCAAGCAACUAAAGUCUCUCCAGAGUGUGGGUGAGAAGAGAGCCCAACUCAUCCACAGCUGGAGACAAAUGUUUGGAGAAUUCACUAAGAUUGAUGACCUAAGAAGUGUUAAUGGUCUUCCAACCAAGACAGUAGAUGCCAUUAUAAGAAACAAUCUCCUGUAGAGUCGACUCCAACCAGCCGGCCUUGGAACAUUGUCAGUGAUUUCUCUUUAUGGUACCGGGAGGGAUGGAUGCAAUUUCUCUGAGUGUUCUCUGUGGAGUAUUUCCUCAACAGAGUUUACACUACUACGGUGGUAAAACACGUUGACAUAAUUAUUACCCAACAGACUUCAAAUAUGGUUUAUGGUGUAUGACUUGUUUUCUUUGAUUAGAACAGGCAUCGAAAUAACCUACAGCACCCACAGCGAAUGCAGUGGUGUCCUUUUGCAAAGUUUCAAUACAAAUUGACAUUUUUCUACAUAGAAGUGCCCCUUACCAAAUGGAAAAUUGCCAUGCA